GGGUGUCUGGGAGGCGCAGGCGCCCCGGCGCCAUUUUGCUGGCGGAACGGAAGCGGGCAGUGUCGGUGUCGGGGCGGCCUCGCCAUGCCGCACUACCAGACCUGGGAGGAGUUCACACGCGCCGCCGAGAAGCUCUACCUCGCUGACCCCAUGAAGGUGCGAGUUGUUCUCAAAUACCGACAUUGUGAUGGGAACCUCUGUAUCAAAGUAACAGAUGAUGUAGCUUGUUUGCUGUAUAGGACAGACCAGGCUCAAGAUGUAAAGAAGAUCGAGAAAUUCCACAGUCAGCUAAUGCGACUCAUGGUGGCUAAGGAAUCCCGCAGUUCCACCAUGGAAACAGACUGAACUGCUGAAAAUAAAAUGAGUGCUCUGGGCAUGUUUCACUGAAAGAAAAUACGGAUUUUGGAUUUGGACUAAUACUGGGACAGGAGAUGCUUUUAUGUACUGAAGUGGACUGAUGACAAGUCUGAAGCAUUUUCAUCCCCCCAGACUCCACUUUGGAACUAGGAAAGUAAAUGCUUUCAAGUGAAAGCUUGUAUUUAUUUUUGGGAAUUGAACAAAAACUAUUCUUAAAUAUUACGUAUGCUAAGAAGACAUAUUUGAUAUCUGUUUUACUUUAGUCUGAAUUUGAUUGGCCACAACCAUAUUUCUGGAAAGUUACUAUAAAAUUUCAUAUAGUUUUCAUUGUGUUCAUACCUUGUGCUGGUGUAUUCUCCCAGUGGGAAGGUUUAUUAACAUAAUACUGUAGCAUGUUGACUGGAUCUAAUAAAUAUUUACAUCAAUGAUAUACAUCAGUGGGUUUUAGAAGAAUGGAUGUUUUCUGAACUGAAAUGCUAAAAUUGCCAGUUUGUGUUAGCACUCUUACUAGCAAGAUUAUAGCUUUUAGAACUGAUCUUGGUCAUAAGCUGUGCAACAUUAUGUGUGAUGCAGUUUGUAGAACUGUUAUAUUGGCUAAAUAAUUAAACAUGUAUUUUAAAACUUAAACCUUUGCUUGAAUUUUGCUAGAGAUCAAUGAGGAACUGUAAAUUUCUUUUCUGCAAAUCUUGCUAUUAAAAAACAGGCUGGCUUUUCUCCAGUA